AUGUUUUGUGAAGAAACUAAAACAGGAGAAAAGGAAUUAUUGACUUUACCAAAAAUAAGAGAAAUUACCGAAUAUGAUACUAGUUUUCCAGCAGGAGAGGUUUUAGAAGCACAUAAAGGAGUUCACGUUCAUGUCCGAACUGAUAAAGGAAUAAUGGAUGUUUGGGUUAGUUAUAAAGGAGUACGAGAAAAAGGCAACAGAUAUAAAGACAUUAAAUUAGAACAAUUAACUAGUUAUGAAAUAGAAAACGAAGGGGAAAGUGUAUAUUUUCCCGAAAUUAAUGAAGUAAUUCCAGCUCGAUAUUUCAGUGAAGGAUUAGAGGCUAAUUGUUGUUGCUAA